AUGAUAACAACAGCAGCAGAAAUUGAGGAAGGAGUGGUACCAGAAGAGCCCCUGUCGAGCAACGAGCCUUUGGAAGCAGCAACCCUGAAUGCUGAAGUUGUUGUUGAUGAUGAUGACGAUACCCUCACUUUGAAAGAAAUCAGAUGCAGAAGGUUCUCUCAUAAAGUGGCUUCGCUGUUAUCGUCAUCUGCUGCUGUUGGUGACGGCAAUGCGAUCAUUCCUAAGACGGGUACGACCGGUCUGCCGCCAUUUUUACGUUCCUAUGGCAGCACUUGUAAGCGCGAGGAACGACUCAUGGACUACCUCCAAGAAUUUGAGAUUAAAUUUCGGCGGACGUAUGGAGGGGAAAGGAAACUUUAUUUAUGCCCAUUGAAUGAAAUUGGAGUUGCGAAGUUUCUCCCAACGACGAUUCGGCCGUUCAAAUUGGCCUAUCCAGAAUUAUACGACGCUGAAGCUUGCGCUAAGUUCCUGGCAGAUCAUAUAGUCUAUGAAGAGUUGAAGGACGCUGGAGAGUAUGUGGAUCUGUUGCUCCCAAGACAACUCGCCACUGAGGAGGAGGGAGAGGACAUUUCAGAGUCUCUUGAAAUGCAUCAUCGUGGAAGUAUUGAUGAGAAUCGAAAUGAAUCGGCAGAGUUGGCAGAGAAGACUAUUGGUGAAGAUUUCUCGUUGGGGAAGAAGUUUACAAUUGAAAGCGAAUUUGUGAAGGGAGAGGAGAAUAGAGAGGCCCUCCUUGAGGAAAGGGCGGCGUAUGAGGCAGAGAGGAGCGACUCGGAUGAUGAACUAACAGAAGACGAAGAGGACAUGGACGCUAUCGCGGCUACAGCAGCGAAUGUGAAAGAACUUGGGAAUGCGGCGGUUGACCAAUGCGAAGGAGCUCAGCCUUCUAAGUUCAUAGGUAGGACAUGGUCGGUAGAAGAGCACAUUGUUGGGUUAUGGUACGGAAAGGAGCGCGAGGUGUGGUAUGUGAUAUGUUUAUUGAGCCCUCCACGGGGAUGGUGUUCUCUACUAAAACAGAACCAACCAGUGUUGCAACCCUCGAGGAGUGACAGUAGAAGGGCCCAAGAAGAAGUGGAGAUGAAUGCUAAUACAAUUCCUCUGGAGCACCUCAUCGGAGUGUACGACAUUUCGAGACCACUCACUGUGGACGAUUUGCCACCUAGUUGGACUAGUCCUGCAGUGAUAAGAAGAGAACGGGUGACACGAUUUAAGGACAUGAGGAUGCGUAUACCAGUGAUGAUAACGGAGGUAUUCAAACAACGAAAAGAUUCCUUGCAAACGCGAAUCAAGUAUCUGAGUGACGCUGCAAUUCGCGAGGAAUUCGUCCAUGGACGUUCGAGCGCACUAAAAAUGCAUUUUUCGCCAAGUAAGAUUGUGUUUCACCUCCCUAAGAAGUGUAUUCGCAUUACUUAUCACCGCCCGGACGGACGGCUGAUGGGUCAACAGUUGACCUUUUAUAAAACUCCUGAUGGGCAAUCUCUGUCAUUGGAUAAGCUCAGCCGAAUUGGAGCAGGGGAUGAUAUCAAACUGCCGACACCUAUGCAGUUGUUGCAAUUAUUGAAACUCGAGAAAACGGCUAAGCAUAGCUUCAUUGAGACUACUAAUCAAAUUACUUCUGAGAUGGUAUUACGUCGUAAAGAGGAAAACAAAGUGAAAAAUGUGAGAUUAAUGAGUCAAAAUGAAGGAGUUCAGAAAGCGAGUGCAGCUGCGGCGAUAGCAGAUUUUGCUGGUCCACCCGUUGAUGUUGGAAAAAGUGCUCAUAACAAGGGAGGAGAUACUGUGGCUUCUCAGCGAAAUUUGGUGCUGAUGAAAAACGUAUACGAUUACGCCAGAGGAGCUUUGGCUGAAGUCACGCCGCUGGAAGAUGGUUCGGAGGAAUAUGGGGAGGAUAGUGCGACGAAAAUAGCUGAGAAAAAAAUGGACAUUUUGAUGCCGUAUUUGGCAGAGUUCCGUGGAGAACAGCUAGAUGCACUCCAGGCGGAAUUUGUUGUUAAGAAGUGUAAAAGUGACUUCCGCAAGAGGCUUUUGGACAGGGCGGCGGUUAUUCAGAAAAGGUUGGAAGAAGAACAAGAGGCGUUGAAGAAACGGCGUGCUCAAAUUCAACGUCGCGGUGGUCCUGAAGUUCAGCAAGGAAGAGCUGAAUCUGAUUUCGAACAGUACCAAACUUUGGCUAUGUUCCGGAUUCAAAUUUUGGAGCAACGGCUGGCCCGACAUGAAAUACAAGCUAUUAAGAAAUUCACUGAGUUGGAAGAGGCACUUCUGACUGAUCCGAGAUUGCAAGCGAUGUGGGAAAAAGAAUCGUCGGGCUUUGGCGACGUGGAUGAGGACGAAGAGGAAGAGUUGUGUGGAUCCUCUCAUGCUGAGGGUAAGUGA